UCCGAUGCCGGUGACAUCGCGGGUGUGCUUUGUGAAGUUCCAGGAGCCAGAGUCUGUUGGAGUGUCUCAACAUUUGACUAACACCGUGUUUGUGGACAGAGCGUUGAUUGUGGUCCCGUUCGCUGAAGGUUUGUCACAUCAUUAUUCUCCGCGUAUGAGUGGUCCUUGUUGAUUGAAUGGCAUGAAUAGUGAAAAUGUAAAAGAGUAAAAAGGAUUUCAUCUUCCCCAUUUGUGAAAUGCACAAGUCCGCUCACCUUGGUCUGUUUAUAUGAGCAUUUUAAGAUGAUUCCAAUGGUACUGGUAAUGCCCUUCCCUCCCAUUGUCUAAAAGCAGUGCUUAAUGCAGACCAUUAGUCAAAUUUUUGGUAUACUGUGGUAGUACCACCACAAUGCAGUUCCUAUGGGAAAAUACAUACCAAGCUGUAUGCCUCUGCCUAAAACAGUACUUCGUUUUUUAUUUAGAAAGCACAGUAUACCAAAAUCUGCUUAACAGACAUUUACAGAGUAGGAGUUGAACAUUCUCAAGCUGUGGGUGCCACAGUGAAGUGAAGUUGUUAAAACUCUUAACUAUAUGCAUUUCAUUUUCUCCCCCAUAUUGGACUAUCCUCUGUUAAACUUCUCUCUGUUAUUUGUGUGUGUGUAUGUGUGUGUGUGUGUGUGGUUUUUGUAGUGAAGAAGGCAAAAGCAGCCCCCUCGUUGAUGGCUGAAAGUGGUCCUCUGCCUGCCAACAGGGGAUUGUAGACAUUUGCAAAGGCCAGCAAGCAUUCAAGUCCCACCCCGCUCUUUUUGUGUCCUCUAUUCUUUCUCUGCCUUCUCUUUCUCUUUCCCUCUGUCUAAUUUAUCUUUUCUAGGUGGUUUAGUUUAGAGUAUAAAGGUCAGAUAUCGGGGACAUAGCCUGAAACGGGGCUCAUUUUGCAUUGUUUUGCAACACUUUUGAACGAUGCUUAGCUAUUUUAUGGCUGAAGCAUUGUUCCUCAGCGGAUAAGGCUGGUAAUAUUCUUCAUUUUGUAAUGUCAACAAAUCCCAUGAAAAGAACUAAAGACCAUCAUCGACCAAAAACUAUUAAAAGCACAUCAGUGAGCCACAUUGUUGCACUUAGUGACGUUUUUGUUCAUCAUGAUGAAUGCAGGAACUGUAGUGUAUUUAAGUCAGUGCCACUGGCACUGCCCUGCAGCUGUAAGUACUCAAUAGCACAUCAAAUGUAUAUUAAUCAGCCACUGAAAAUAGUGUAACUUUUGCUGAAAACUUUGCAUCUUAUAGAAAUUAAAAGAUAUUUGUGACCUUUCUUUAUAGAUUUUAUCGGUAACAAAUAGGUUUGUGGGUGAGAGCAGAAAGUAUUGUUGACAGUAACCAAAAAUAUAUCGCCAGCCUUAUCCUGCAAAAAAUGUGUUAAGAAAAAACUUUGAAAGGCAGUUAUUUGGGUUUGGUGCUAAAAGCCUAUACAAACAUACUGGGUAUUAAUAAUGACGUGCAAAAACCACAGUGUCCAGGCAGCUGACAAUGCACAUACUCACAUAUGUAAGCAGCACAUUUUGUGACUUAAAUGCUUCAAGGGUCAUUUUGUGGGUGAAGUAUUUCUUUACAAAGGAGCACUAGUCAAUGAUUGGUUAUCUGAUAUAAUAGGCAUACUACAUCUCACUGUAAGUUGUCUAAGAUGCCCACCCGCCAUGACAGUAUGCUGGUAAAAUAUAUUCUCUUUAACAGUGGUCUCCUUUUGUUGUUGUGUUUUACAGUUCUUUUUCCUGGCUCAGCCAGUCCUGUAUACCAGGCCCUGCUGAAAAUACCAUCCAACAGUUUUGUCUCCUGCAGCAAUUUUCUCUCUUCAGUGUGCUUUUUUAUUUGAAUGUUGUAAUUGUUGUGUGUCCGUAUUUAGGUCAUGUGUUUUUGUGUAAGAGUUGUUUUGGGGGUGUAUUUACUCCGAGAUGAUUAUGAGGUGUUUAUUUGUUAAAUUUGGCCAUAUUUAAAAUGAAAUCAGUAGCAUAUUGCAAAUCAAGAUGAUCAUAUUACUUAAUUAAAUUGGACUGUGGUAGCACAAAUUAAUCAACCCAGUCAUCCUCUGCCUAGGUUUGUUUGAUUGAUGCAGUGGCAGGUAAGGAUAUCAGAAUAAUGAUGUACAGCAGACACGCUACCCACCCUGAAUUCUGCUUUUGUCAUUUAGUACAUACCACAAUAUGCUCUGACAUUUGUGUUUUUGGUAAGUAAACACUCAUAGCUUGUAUAGUGUUCUUGCCAAAUCCCUAAAAUUCUCUCUGUUGUGUGUAUCUCGAUUUUUCUCUGUGUGCUUUUAGUAGCGAAGCCGCCAGCGUGAGUCGCUUGUUUCAGUAAACGUCUUAAUGAAAAUUGAGGGCUCACCCAACUGGAGAAGCAGCUGUGCUUGCUAACGUUUGGUUCAUGACUUAAAAAACACGUUCAGGAUCUAUUCCAGAUGAGGCUAAAGCUUUGUCACUGUUGGCGCCAGCAAAUGCUGUUGCAGGGAUUUUGCCAGGAGGAGGACUUCUUCCGACGCCCAAUCCCAUGCCCAAUCCAUCUAUGGGAGGGAACCCUUUCGGUGCACCGAACAUGGACGCAAUGGCUGCAUUUGGAUUCCCAGGACCCAACAUGAAUCCUCAGGCUGCUGAUCAGCUGUUGAAGUUCAUGACAGAUCCAAAACUGAAUCCUUUGGCUGCAGGCUUAAACCUCAGUGCAAGCCUGAAGGCUGACGCAUCUAAUAAGGAAAUCGAAGAGGCCAUGAAGAGAGUCAGAGAGGCCCAGUCGCUCAUUUCGGCUGCUAUUGAACCUGGAAAUAAGGAGAGCAGAAAGAGGCACUCUCGUAGCAGGUCCAGGUCCAGAAGGAGGAGGUCCAGAUCACGUUCAAGACACAGGCGUUCCAGGAGCAGAUCACGGCGACGGUCAAAUUCCAGAAGCAGGAGGCGCUCUAAAAGCCCCCGCAGGAAGCACACUGAAUCCAGAGACCGAGGCAGGCGAUCUCCAAGCAGAUCGAGAGAUAGAAAGAAAGAAGAUUCAGGGAGGAGAAGAUCCAGAACGCCCCCUAAAAGCUACAGUACAGCCAGGAGGUCACGCAGCGAGGACCGGAGACGCAGAAGAAGUCGAAGCAACAGCAGAUCUCCUAAAAAGUCUCCCAAAAGAAGAACCUCCAGGUCUCCAUCUCCUCGAAGACACAAGAAGGAAAAGAAAAGGGAUAAGGAAAGGGACAGGGACCGCAAGAGUGAUAAAGAUCGCAGUCGCGAGGAACGUGAACGCUCCACCAGCAGGAAAAAGAAAAGUAAAGACAAAGAAAGAGAGCGAGAGAGAAAAUCAGAUGGCGAGAAAGGAGAUGUAAAGAUCACCAGGGAUUACGAUGAGGAAGAACAAGGCUAUGACAGCGGGAAGGAGAGGGAGGACAGGAAAGAUUCUGACGACUCUGCUUUGUCUCCUCAGUCUGUAGAAGGUAACAGCACAGCACGUCUUGUGAAGCAGGCCAAAGUUAACGGAGCUGACGAUCACCACGAAGAGGACAUGGACGUCAGCGAUUAAACCGUCCAUCCUUCUUCGUCCCUUAUUAUCCCUCCCUUUUGGUUGUGAACAUGUUACGACUUUUGUCCCCGCCGGGGUAAAUCUAAAAUGUGAAGUGAGCGUCAAAUGUAAAGUUUUUCGCACAGAAGAGCCAUCAACUCUUUUUGCGUACGUACAAUGCAGAAUUGUCAUUUUUUUUGCAGUCUGCCUGAUGACAUCAUCACAUUGCUUUAAAAGUACCCACUUGCUUUUUGACUCUACAAAAUGUAGUUUGUUUAAACUGGAAGUAGACUUGCUUUGCUUUUCUUGAGCUUGUGUUGUCGGGUUUUGUCACUUUUUCCCCACAUACUGUAUCUUUUACAUUUUUGUUGAGUGUUGUGGUGUGUUGUUCAGGCCUCUCCCCCCACCUCCACCUUCUCAAACAGUUAAUGCAUUUGUUUGUUAUUUGAAAGUGUUGAUUGUUUUACCAAGGAUUUCUUUUAUAAUAAAGUCUAUUUGAAGAA